UGUCAAAAACAUCAACUUGUCAAACAAACACGAAAAAUGGACACAGCUAUAGCUACAUUAGUUCCCGAUAAUGUUUUAGAAGUUAUAUUUUCGUUUUUAACUUUACAUGACCUCCGAAAUUGUUCUCUUGUGUGUAAACGGUGGUAUAGUUUCCUAAACGAUGAAAAUAAUGACGUGUGGCGUUUACAUUGUGUUAGAAAACUUGCAGAAGAAGCACUUAAAUCGGACCUUUUAAGUUCUGUGCCCACUUAUAAAGCAAAAUUGAGAGCUUUUCAUCAUGCUUGGAAUCCUAAUGAUUGUUCUAGAAAUAUUUAUAUAAAGCCUAAUGGUUUUACGUUACAUCGAAAUCCCGUAGCUCAAAGUACGGAUGCCUCAAGGGGUAAAAUAGGCUUCAGACAUGGUAGACAUGCUUGGGAAGUGAUUUGGGAAGGGCCUCUAGGUACAGUAGCUGUUAUAGGCAUUGCUACAAAAGAUGCACCUCUUCAAUGUCAUGGUUAUGUAGCUUUAUUAGGUUCAGAUGAUCAAAGUUGGGGUUGGAAUUUAGUAGAUAAUCAUUUAUUACACAAUGGGGAUGCACAAGGAAAUUACCCUAUGCUAAACAACGCUCCAAAAUAUCAGGUUGGAGAAAGAAUAAGAGUAAUACUUGAUUGUGAUGAUAAUACUCUUUCUUUCGAGAAGAAUUAUGAAUUUUUGGGUGUUGCUUUUAGAGGACUCCCAGAUAAAAAGUUGUACCCGACUGUAUCUGCUGUAUAUGGUAAUACGGAAGUUUCUAUGGUGUAUCUCGGUCCACCUCUGGAUGGCUAACAUACUCUCGGAUAAAAUUAGCGAAUCAAUUAAAAGAAAAACAAAAAUAAUAACCAAGGAAAUUGGAGAGAGAAUUUUAAACGUCUGUUUUAAAGAUGGUUCAAUUCAGGUUAGUCCGGUAUGCCCAAUGUGAUAAUUACAAACACAUUUAUAACCAUUGUUCAUUAUUUUGUAUAUAAUGUUUGUUUUGGAAUUUUAUGUUUGAAUUUUUGUCAAAUAUUUACGUACAUUAAGCUGUGGGGGACAUUUUGGGAAGCACGUUCCGGGUCUAAUUUGGAAGAGAACUUGUGGUAGCCAACUGGCUACAUAUCUUGAAAGCCAGACAAGACACGAAGUAAGUGGCAUAUUUUGUUUCUUUAAGGAAGCUUUAUCGAAAAUUCCAAAACACACCCCUACACGUCGAACUCACUCUAGCGACUACUUGUAGGAUUAAACCACGGUACUAGUUAUGUAGAUCUCGGGGUGGUUAUCAAGGACAAGGGUGACGAGGGAGGAAAUCUGGAUGCGAGAAUGACGAGUGGAAGUAGACAGUGGCUAGAACAACAAAAUCAAUUAUACCGAACAAAUUAUGAGCCAGGUCCGGAACGUGCGCACCAAAAUGACCCCAGCAGCUUAAUAGAAGUCAAAUAUUUAAUUAGUUAAUUAGGGAAUCGCCGAUCUGGAAACUCUUGAUUCAAAAUUUGAAAUAUUACCCGCUGUAAUGGUCCUGUAUUCAUAUUAUUUUUAAUUUAUUAAAGAAAUGGGUAAAACUUUAGAUUAUGAACCGUCGAUUUAUAGUGAUUUGUGCAUAGGGGUAGGAAGGGAGUAGCAAUGGAGGCCCUACUCUGAAGGUGUAAAUUACUACCAACCAAUAUAAAUUGCAAACGGAGUUUUUUGCACAUCCGGAAGGAGCUGCACUGUGGUGGAGCCCUAAGGAUCAAUCCUAGGCCCUGUCUUGUGGAACAUAAUGUACGACGAAGUCUUGAGAAUUGGUUACGGAGCGAAGGUCAUGGCUAUUGCAUCAAUACCACACUUAAUACAAUUUGAAAUGCAAUGUUCAUAAAUUGAUGAUAUUAUUGGUAUAUAUCUGGAAUAAUUAUAGAAGAUUGUAAGGCUUUUCGCAUUUAUCUAUACACUUUAGACACUGUUUCUUAGGUUCUUAAUUUAUUUAAACACUAUACACUACACUAACUUUUAAUAUUCACUCAUCACCAUUACUUAACCAACUUAUUUAAAUUCUUGGAUUAUUUUUUAUUUUGGUCUGUUCACUACGACUAUUUAUUAUAAACUGAACUGAACUGCGCUACAUAAACUCCUUACAUAUCCCAAAAUAAUUCUCAAAAGAUCUAGAAAAAUAUAGAAACAAAACAAAAUAAAUGAAUAGACCUUCCUAGAAAUUAUUUAAAAGAAACAUUAUAAAUAAACCGUCUGCUGUAAUUAAAACUUCAAACAAAGACCAAACGAAUUUCUGGUAUAUUAUUAAUCGAAUUUUAGAAUUCCACUAUAUCUAAGCAGGACCGGCUCCAGGGCGGAGAUGAGUUCAUAACAAUAUGAAAAUUUGCCGAUAUUUAUUCAAAAUUAUGUAAUGAUUACUUUUUAUAUUUUGAUAUUGGAAACAAAUUUUACAAAAAAUUCCAAUUUUCUCCUCUGUUUUUAAUAGUUUCGCAUCCCUAAUUCUUUCUAAAAAGUCUAUUGUCGGUAAUAGUGAUCGUAAUAUUACAAAAUAUGCAAUAAAAAAUAUUUGCAAUAUUUAAUAAUGUAAAUUUGUAAAAAGUCUGAUAGUUUUAGAAGUUUUGAAAAAAGUUUGAGAAAAUCGCACCCUUAAAUCAGUUCAAUUUAGCACUAAAUUGAUUUUUAAAUUAUGACGCUACCCUGACGUCCCCAAUUUUUUGCAUUAACCUGUUAUUUUCACAUAUUUAUAUUUGAUACCGUGUCAUUAACUUGAUAUUUUCAAUAUACAACUUCAAUUGAAAUUAACAAACUGUUAUUACAUUAUAUGGUCCUUCGAGCCGGAUAUAACACACAUAUCCGGCUCGAAGGACCAGAUGGUGGUAGUAAACAGUUUGUACAGAGAUAGAAAUAGCUAAUUCUCUAUCUGCCCAAAACACCGUUUUUUCUCGCAUUUAAUAAUACCAAGAGUUGCCUUCGUCGGUGUAUAUAUCUAUUUUUUAUUAUUAUCAUCAAUUUUUUUAUAAGUUCUGUGAUAAUUUUCAUUUUAAAAAUGGGAAACAUCAUUUUCAUUGCAAUAAACUAUAAGUAUAAAUAAUAUUUUGUGUAAAUGGGUGAAUACUACUUACAAUUAUAUAAAAACGUCACAAUUUGUGAAACAUGUUUUCGAUCGAGGGGUCUCGUCAGCACUUAGAAUUCUAAUCUGAGCAGAAGAUGACAGGUUAUUUGGUACUUAUAACCAAUCAAGUACAAAUAAAUAGUGAAUUUGUUGUAUAUAUACCUGAUGGAAUCAAAUAACAGUCGUUGUUGUGUCUUUUUCUAAUUAGAUUAGAGACUUCAAAGUCUGCCAUUGUUUUUACCAAAUAUUCACAGGAAAUUUUUGUUACUCCGAAAGUUUAAUAUGAUUUUUUAAAGUGUAUUAACCCAUAUACAAUUUUUUUAUAAUUUUAUUUCGUUUUUUACGCCCUUUGGACGGAAAAAAAUUGUUUUUGGCGAAAAAGUUUGAGAAAAAAUCACGGAAAAUCGCGGAACUAGCUUUUAAUGUCAUCUGUGGUGGUAAAACGACGACGAAAUAGGAAAAAGUUACUUGAAAGUGCAUAUGAUGGAUUUGGAGCCAAAUUAUUAGCUGAAAAUUCAAGAACUAGCGUUCAAAUCUAAAUACAACUUAAAUCCCCAAGUUUUCAUCGGUUGUUUGUUUGUUGAAACGUCUCGGGCGUGUGUCAUCUUCAACGGCCAUCUUGGAAACGCUUAUACCACUCGUAAAUACUUGUUUUACUCAUAGCAGACUCACCAUAGACCUUUGUUAGCGUUUAAUACACUUUUUAUCAAAUUUUCACACGUUUUCAUCGAUUGUUUAUGAGUUAGGACGUUCGGGCUGAUUGUUAUCUCGAAUAAUAUCGUUCAUAAUCGUUUCCUCCCCGUUAUCAUCAGUUGUUUGUUUGUUGGAACGUCCCGGGCGUUUGUCAUCUUCAACAGCCAUCUUGGAAACGCUUAUACCACUCGUAAAUACUUGUUUUACUCAUAGCAGACUCACCAUAGACAUUCCACAUACUCGGUACGAGAGCUGGCCCUCCAAGAAUGAGGAUGGCAGUAAUUCUGAAUGGGACGAUGAUCAUAAAAAAUAGGAAGAAGGAGAAUAAUUUAUUAUGCAAAUAUUAGGGCGGGAAAUUAUCACUAACAACCAUAUUUUAUGGGGUCAAUGAACUUUUUUGUUAUCCAAAGUCGUCCAAAGGGCUUAUUAUUCUUAUAUUUGCGUUUACAAAAUUAAAGCAUAUUACAUAAAAUGGAGAAUACCUACAGGAGGCAAAAAUAAAGAAAGACAUUAUUUCUUGAAGUUAGAAUAGGAUCAUUUGUGGGUCUAUAUGAAGUAAUACUGCCUUUAACAGAAUGUAUCUUCAUUUGCAGUAAUUAUAUCGAUGAACAAAUUCGUACUAUGGUGCAGAACUUGUUGUAAAUCGAUUACGUAGUAUCUUCAUUCGCAAAAAUCGAUCUUGUCGCUUCUCCAUGUCCACUGGCGUCCUUGUCCAGGUCUCCUUUGGCUGGAACCAGUCUUUCUAUAACCAACUAGCACCAUUGAGAUCCCUGCAGUAAUUAUAUCGAUGAACAAAUUCGUACUAUGGUGCACAACUUGUUGUAAAUCGAUUACGUAGUAUCUUCAUUCGCAAAAAUCGAUCUUGUCGCUUCUCCAUGUCCACUGGCGUCCUUGUCCAGGUCUCCUUUGGCUGGAACCAGUCUUUUUAUUACCAACUAGCACCAUUGAGAUCCCUGCAGUAAUUAUAUCGAUGAACAAAUUCGUACUAUGGUGCACAACUUGUUGUAAAUCGAUUACGUAGUAUUUUCAUUCGCAAAAAUCAAUCUUGUCGCUUCUCCAUGUCCACUGGCGUCCUUGUCCAGGUCUCCUUUGGCUGGAACCAGUCUUUUUAUUACCAACUAGCACCAUUGAGAUCCCUGCAGUAAUUAUAUCGAUGAACAAAUUCGUACUAUGGUGCACAACUUGUUGUAAAUCGAUUACGUAGUAUCUUCAUUCGCAAAAAUCGAUCUUGUCGCUUCUCCAUGUCCACUGGCGUCCUUGUCCAGGUCUCUUUUGCCUGGAACUAAUAUUUCGAUAACUAACUAGCGCCAUUGAGAUCGCUACAAUGAUAACAUCGAUUAAUAAAUUCGCGAAUCGAUUUCAAAAAUCGAUUAUGUCACUUUAUGACGUCUUUGUUCAGAUUUUUGAUUCGUACCAGUCUCGAUAACAUACCAGUGCCCUAGAUAUUGAAAUUUUAUUCAAAAACACCCAACAACUAUCAUUAUUAAACCUUUAACUUGAAUUGAAAUUUUGUCCUCAAAUGGAUUUUUCCAAUUUACAAAAUAAGCAUUAAUUGUGUUCAGCAGUGUAUGUUAGUAGAUCAAAUAUUUUUGUUAAAAUAUUUAUAUAAUAUUGAAAUCUCGUAUUUCAUUUCUAAUACUACAUAAAAAAAUAUCUAGUGCUCUCCAAUUGAAGGCCCCAUUACGAGAUUUGAAUUUUUUAAGUAUUGAAAUUGUUGUUUUUUUUUUAUUAAAUAAUUUUAUUAUUUAUUAAUUUGAAUUCUAGUCCGUAAGAUUACUCCUAAAACGAACGUCUAGUCCCUUUUAUACCUACAAUAAGAUUAUAUUAACGGCUGUUAAUAUUUUUGAAGUUCUAGUUUUAUAGAACUUACACUUGUAGUGAAUGAAUGUUUUUUUUUAAAUACUGUUUUAUUUUCAACUUUUACGAGAAAUGUACAAUAUGAAUCGAUUAUGAAUAACCAUGAAUAUAAUUGUUCAUUCUUUUUA